AUGGAAGAAAGCUUCAGAAAUAUACAGAACAUCAACGAUCCAACCAAUCAAGAAAAUAUCCCAAUCGCUUCUGCUAUUUCUAAUGAUAAUAUUCAAGCCCCUAAUAUUCAAAGUCAAAACCCAGCAGCUCCUGCCAACCUAGCAGGCGCAUCUCACACUGAUAUCCAAAUUGAAGACCAACAAAUCUUAGCUGCUGCUAACAAAAUCCGCUCAAAUAACUCAGUGCUCCAAUUUGAAGGUUUACAGUUUCUCAGACAAUCCCUAUCUAAACUUGAUAACCCCACCUAG